AUGCCUCGUGGCCAGAAGAGCAAGCUUCGUGCCCGUGAGAAGCGUCGCCAGGUCCGUGCUCAAAAUGCACUGGAGGAACACACCUCUCCAGGUCCUUUCUAUGAGUUUCCACAUCAAUCUCUUCCUGAUACUGGUAUGCCUACACCUCCCGACAUGCUUCAGGGAGCACACUGCACCAUUUCAGACACUACAGGUACCCGAAACCAAGAUGAAAAACAUUCAGAUGACUCUGAUGACACUGUGGCCUGGAAGAAAGAUCCUAUAAACCGCAAAGUAGUCUUACUGGUGCAGUUCCUGAUGGAUAAGUAUCAAAAGAAAGAGGUUAUUACAAAGGCAGAUAUGCUGAAAUCUGUUGUCAAAACAUCGAAAAAUGACUUCAGUGAGAUCCUAAAGAGAGCCUCAGAGCACAUGGAACUGGCUUUUGGUGUUGAUCUGAAGGAAGUGGAUCCUAUCAGGCACUGCUAUGCCCUUUUCAAUAAACUAGAACAUACCUUUGAUGAAAUGAAGGGUGAGGAAAAUAUGCCCAAUACUGGCCUAUUAAUGAUGGUGCUGGGUGUGAUCUUCAUGAAAAAUAACUGUGCCUCUGAAAAGGAUAUCUGGGAUGUGCUGAAUAUGAUGGGUGUAUAUGCUAACAGAAAACACUUCAUCUACGGAGAGCCUAAGAAAGUUAUCACUGAAGAUUUGGUAAGGCUGAAAUACUUGGAGUCCCGAAAAGUACCCAACAGCAAUCCUCCAUCCUUUGAAUUUGCAUGGGGUUCCAGAGCCCAGGCUGAAAUCAGCAAGAUGAAAAUCCUGGAGUUUUGGGCCAAGAUCCAUGAUACUACACCAGACGCUUUUGAAGCCUUGUAUGAAAUAGCUGUGAAAGAUGAGGAAGAAAGAGCUCGAGCCAGGUCUGCAGCCAGGGCUCGCACUGCUGCUAUGGCCAGUUCACAUUCAAAAACCAUCAACAGCAACUCUUCUCAGGCUAAGUAA